UAGUACGUCCGGGCUUAUAUAGCCUUGCAUGCUCCGAUCAAAGGUCAUCAUUUCCGGUGCUGAGACAGGUGAUUGUCUUUAGGUGGAGCUGUGCGUCUUUCCCUGCCGGGUGGUCACGCUGGAGGUAAGCCUGUCAGUUUGUGUGAUAGUAACCAAGUCGAACCUCCCACGUCACUGCGAGUGAUCUACAGCCGAGUUCAAAGGACACAAGCCCUGCCCUUGAGUCUGCCAGCGAGAGCGGAGCUGCGUUCUUUAUCAGGUGGAGAUUCAGCUGGGAGUCGGCCACUGCAGCCUCGGUCAGCCUGGGAAACACUUUCUUCUGCUGGAGCUCUCCCACCAACCAGAGCCGAGAUGCCCAAAACAGUCAAUGUACGCGUCACCACCAUGGACGCAGAGCUGGAGUUUUCCUUCCACCCAAACACCACAGGGAAGCAGCUCUUUGACCAGGUUGCCAGGACCAUUGGACUGCGUGAGAUUUGGUACUUUGGGCUGCAGUUCGUCGACGCCAAAGGAUUCAUCACCUGGCUGAACUUUGAAAAGAAGGUGAUGGUCCAGGAAGUGAGGAAGGAGACUCCCCUGCAGUUCAAGCUGAAGGCCAAGUUUUACCCGGAGGACGUGGCCGAGGAGCUGAUCCAGGACGUCACCCGGAGGCUCUUCUUCCUGCAGGUGAAGGAGGACGUUCUCAGUGAGGACAUCUACUGCCCUCCAGAGUCCGCCGUGCUGCUGGCCUCUUACGCCGUCCAGGCCAAGUACGGAGAGUUGGACAAGUCCACGCAUCGCCAGGGUUACCUGUCCUCUGACCGCCUGCUGCCCAAGAGAGUGCUGGAACAACACAAGCUGUCCAAGGAGCAGUGGGAGGAGAGGAUCCAGGUUUGGCACGAGGAGCACAGAUCGAUGCUGAAGGAAGACGCCAUGAUUGAGUACCUGAAGAUCGCUCAGGACCUGGAAAUGUACGGCGUCAACUACUUUGAGAUCAAGAACAAGAAGGGCUCAGACCUGUGGCUGGGAGUCGACGCUCUGGGACUGAACAUCUAUGAGAAGGACGAUAGGCUGUCUCCAAAGAUUGGAUUUCCCUGGAGUGAAAUCAGAAACAUUUCUUUCAAUGAUAAGAAAUUCAUAAUCAAGCCCAUAGAUAAGAAAGCUCCUGAUUUUAUCUUCUACGCUCCACGUCUGCGAGUCAACAAGCGCAUCCUGCAGCUGUGCAUGGGCAACCACGAGCUGUACAUGCGCCGCCGCAAGACGGACACCAUCGAGGUCCAGCAGAUGAGGGCUCAGGCCAAAGAGGAGAGGCUGCACAAGAAGAUGGAGAGGGAUCAGCUGGAGAGUGAGAAGAAGAAGAGGGAGACCAUCGAGAGAGAGAAGGAGCAGAUGGAGAGAGAGAAGCAGGAGCUGAUGAUGAAGCUUUACGAGUUUGAAGAGACAACCAAGAGAGCAGAGCGAGAGCUUCAGGAGCAGCUGGACAGGGCCAUGAGGCUGGAGGAGGAGAGGAGGAGGGUGGAGCAGGAGGCGGCCCGGCUGGAGGCUGAGAGGAUGGAGGCCAUAAUAGCCAAGGAGGAGCUGGCCAGGCAAGCUGAGGACCAGAUAAAGAGCCAGGAGCAGCUGGCCGCAGAGCUGGCCGAGUACGGCGCCAAGAUCGCUCUGCUGGAGGAGGCCAAGAAAGUCAAGGAGGAAGAGGCUGAGUCAUGGCACAGCAAGGCUAUUGAAGUGGAGGAGAGCCUGAUCAGAACGAAGGAGGAGCUGCAUAGUGUGAUGGCCUCUCCUAACUCAGCUCCUGUUGAGAAACAAGCUUCCUCUUCCUCCUCUUCCUCCUCCUCCUCGGACAACGAGAGCGACCACGAGCACAGCGAGGAGAACAGCACCUACAGCGCCGAGCUGCAGACGCAGGGCAUCAACGACCACCGCCAGGAGGAGGAUCGGCUCACCGAGGCCGAGAAGAACGAGCGCCUGCAGAAACAGCUGAGGGACCUGAGCUCGGAGCUCGCUGAAGCCCGAGACGACAACAAGAAGACCCAGAACGACCUGCUCCACGCCGAGAACGUCCGAGUCGGCCGCGACAAGUACAAGACCCUGCGUCAGAUCCGUCAGGGCAACACCAAGCAGAGGAUUGAUGAGUUUGAGGCCUUGUAGAAAACCUCAGAGACCUGAAGAUCUCUCCUUAAAUACCUCAUGAAGGCCUCGUGUGAUGUAAUUGCAGCCACACCUGAUUUUUUAAGAAAACCCAGAAAAGCAUGAAGCUGAUCUGUGUAAGAGUACCUCCAUGAGAUUUAUUAUAUCGGUUUAACUUUUGCUUGAAAAGCACUGUUUUGUUUUGUUUUUUCUUUGUAGCACUCAAACAUCUCCAUGUGCUGUUUAGUCCCAUUAAAACAUUAAAACAUGAAAACAUUAGCAGAAAGCUACUGUGUUCCAGAUAUACUGUGUGAAGAAAUAACUGAUAAACAAUCAACAAAUGUAUUAGAGUUUGGCUUUGUAGUUCUGUUAUUAUAAUAAAGUGGUUAAAUUUAGAUUUAUUUAAUUAAUGACCUGUAAACUGCUACAAGCAAUAACUUUUAUAAUUAAUGUAUUGAUUUUGUUUUUUCAUUAUCAUGUCUUUACGAUGCUGUUUUGUCCAACGACCAGCCCAAAACUCAAACAUAUUAAAUUUAUAACAAUAUUAAACAGAAGCAAACAGCAAAUCCUCUCGUUUGAGAAGCUGAAACCAGAAAAUAUUUGGCAAUUUUGCUUAAUAAAUGACUUAAAGUGAUGAAUCUAUCAAAAUUGUUGCUGAAUAAUUUUCUGUUGAUUAAUUGAUAAAGCAAUGAAAGAUAGUUUUAAUUUUCUGAUAUUUAACGUUUUGUAUAAUAGCUCAUAAAUAUUUUCCUCCUCCAUGCCAUAAAAUAAUGAAACCAUACAUU